CCUUCGUUCUCUCUCUCUCUCGCGCUCUUGGAUCGCUUCCUGAAUCCUAACACGGAGAAAGCGGCCAUGGCUUCUAGGGUUUUUGCUCGGAUCCCGAGGUAUGCAAUCGGCCGCCAAGGUCUGGUCUCUGUUUCUGCUCCGCAGGAACCGUUUUGGACCAUCUCCAAUGGAUUCCAUACUGUGAGCGAAUGGAAUUCGAGUCCUUUAUCUAAGUUCCAACCCUGUAGCAGCAGGACUGUGCAAUUGGGUUAUUUACUCCCAAUCAGUUCUAGUAUUCGACAUUAUUGGUUUUCAUCCUCUGCAUCUCCUCAACCAACUGAUAAGGAGAAAAGCCCAACAAACGGUGAUUCAGAUCAUGUAUCUGAUGAUGGAAAACAGACUGAAUCUACUAAAACAAAUGUUGAUUCCUCUCCAUCAGAGAAAACAGGAGAUUCAGAUGAAGAGACUGAAUUGUCUAUGGGGGAUCUAGUUCAGCUAGUUGCAGAGAAGGAAGAAUUACUGAAGAUAAAACACAAGGAGCUUGAGCAAAUGCAAGAUAAAAUACUUAGAACCUAUGCUGAAAUGGAGAAUGUCCUGGGCAGAACCAAGCGUGAGGCCGAAAACUCAAAAAAAUUUGCAAUUCAGAACUUUGCGAAGAAUCUACUGGAUGUUGCUGAUAAUCUUGGAAGAGCUUCAUCUGUUGUGAAGGAAAGCUUUUUGAAGAUUGAUUCAUCUAAGGACUCAGCUGGAGCUGUACCACUUCUGAAGACACUCCUAGAGGGUGUUGAAAUGACUGACAAACAACUUGCAGAGGUGUUCAAGAAGUUCGGGGUUGAGAAAUUCGAUCCUAUCAAUGAGCGCUUUGACCCCAACAGACAUCACGCCAUGUUCCAAGUUCCUGAUGCCUCGAAGCCUUCUGGUACCGUUGCUGCUGUUUUGAAGUCGGGAUACAUGAUAUAUGAUCGUGUUCUCCGUCCAGCUGAAGUCGGUGUUACUGAAGGUGGUGUUACUGAAGAUUCCGAUGACAAAAUCAGAAUGAAGCUGCAGUGCUCCAUUUCUACCAAUACUCCACUGUUGAUCAUCCCACAUGAAAUCUUCAAUGAGUUCUAUGGUGUCUGUUGCAAUGUGGAUCAAGUUAAGCAAACCGAAUUAACUUACGAUUAGAUUAGAUUAGUUUUUCUCUUGUUUGAGGAUCAAAAUUUGUUAUACUUUUUUUUUCUGUGACAAGUUUGAGUCAUAAGAAACAUGGAGAUGAAUUUUAUUAUUUUACCAGCAAAUUUUAAUGUGUUUUCACCCAUUUUUGCAUCUAUUGACAAACAUAAAUGGCUUGGAAAAGCUACUUUUGAGUUAA